AAAACAAACAACAAAAAAAACCCAACCAAAACAAAAGGAAGCACAGGCAGGUACUUGCAGCGUUUUCCGGGAAGGGUGGGUGCAGCCCUGCUCAGGUACGAAGGUGUCGGCACCGCCACGGCCGCUGCAAAAGCAAAGCUGUGGGACCGCACCGGGCAAUCGGGAAAUGAAAGCUGCAGGGUGAGCCCGGCCUUGUUCCCCCCGCUCGUGUUCCGCAGCGUUAGUUACACUGCAGAUACGUAAAACCAAAAAAGAGUCGGGUAAUUGUCCUGGCUGUUGCAGUAAAUGAAUAACUGGGAAUAACCGGGCGCUCCUGUACGUGGCAUUACCUUCGUUGCACCGACGGCUGCUUUAUUUCCCUUUAAUUCUUGCCUUCCUCAGGGUCCCCUAAAUUAGGUGUUUUUUAAGAACUUGACCUGGAGAGGGUUGAGGGGAUUUAUUAAAACUAAAGUGCGGUUGGCUGCUGAGUCCCUUGAGAGAAGGAGGCUUGGAAGUACCUCCUCUGGCAGGGCCGGAGGCUUCGGAGGUCGUGGGACCACACGCAGUUGUGCUUGGGAAGGCGUUAACCUUUCCUCUGUAAGAUCAGCCAGCUGUCGAGUAGCUCAGAGCAGCGACACUUAGCUCAGAAAUGGCUUUAAUGUGAUGAUUAAUAAAAUAUUACUGCUUUGAAAGGAUGCGGAGGGCACGGAAAUUUCAUCUAUAGGAAUCUGGUUUUGUAAUUAAAUAUAGAAGUGUCGCAGGAAAAGGAGACGGGCCUUUGUAAUGUUUCUGCGAGGAGGUUUGCUAAUGCUCUUCUGCUCUCUCAAGCGCUAAAUGGUAUGGAAAGAUUAAAGCAACCAUUCUUCUUUAAUUUAUAGACUGGUUAGUGUCUUUGACAGAAACUUUAGGAAAAGUACUAUCAAUUAACUUUCAAGUUAGAGACUCGCCUAUGUUAGAGGAAAAUUGUGCCUGUUUGGUUUUUUUUGGCAGACUGAUGUGUAUAGCAGAAACAGCUUCCGCUGGGUUGGUGACCCAGAUAGAUAAAACCGCCCGAAAAGAUCUCUGUGCUGUGCAGCAGCUUACAAACCACGCCGUGCUGGUAGGGUGCUGCGUGGGACAAGAGGAGGGCUCCUGCCCCAAGGACUUUCCACUUUCAGACCCUAAAUUGCACAAGGUGGACAUCGCGGGGAUCAGGACGUGGCUGCACAUUCAGCAGCCGUCCUGGCGUGUUUGUUCAGCUCUUGCUUCUGAGCUUUAUACCCCCUCCUGUGUUCGCUUCGGUUGCCUCGAAGGGCUAAAUGGAUUCAUGCGUUGAGGAGGGAUGUAAACAGUUGCAGAAUUGAGUAAUAAGAUAUUAGGCGGUUGGAAAGGCCGCAGAGGAGCAAUAGUGGAGAGGCAAUUUCCUGCGAUUCCGGAGGAGGAAGCUCUUACACGGAGUAAAGGGCAAUAAAACCAUGCAGCUUCUACAACGGAGGAUCCAGCACCGCAGGUAUUUGACUGAGGAGAAUAGCUGACCUUCUGCUCAGAUCAGCCUUGCCUGUUGUAGUGUCAGGGCUGCGCGUUGGGCUGGUGGAGGCAACACAAAGGGUACGAUGCUCAGCCCGAAUGGUGCCAGAAGUGAAGGAUAUGUCCAAGAGCUGUUCCACGAGGAAGCACAGCAGGCAUCUCAAACGCAGACCAAGCCCUGGUGGAAGAUCCAGCUGUUUGUGUGGGAGCCAGUGCUUUUUGGAACAUGGGAUGGCGUCUUCACCUCCUGUAUGAUCAACAUUUUUGGAGUGGUUCUUUUCCUGAGGACAGGAUGGCUUGUGGGAAACACUGGCAUUGUAAUGGGCAUGUUUCUGGUGUCCUUUGUCAUCCUGGUUGCCCUGGUGACUGUCUUAUCUGGAAUUGGUGUGUGUGAGAAGUGCAGCAUCGGAAGUGGAGGAGUCUACUCCAUGAUUUCUACUGUCCUUGGAGGUCGAGUAGGGGGGACUAUUGGCCUCCUUUAUAUUUUUGGCCAGUGCGUUGCAGGUGCCAUGUACAUCACUGGCUUUGCGGAGUCCAUUGCCGAUGUCCUGAGCCUCAGCAACAUCUGGGCGGUGCGUGGGAUCUCCCUGGCUGUCCUGCUCGGCCUGCUGGGCAUCAACCUGGCCGGGGUGAAGUGGAUCAUCAGGCUCCAGCUCCUGCUGCUCUUUCUACUGGCUGUCUCAACACUGGACUUUGUCAUUGGGUCCUUUACACACCUUGAUCCAGAGCAUGGCUUCGUGGGCUACUCCGAAGAGCUUAUGUUCAACAAUACGCUGCCAGACUACAGCCAGGGGGAGUCCUUCUUCACUGUUUUUGGAGUGUUUUUCCCAGCUGCCACAGGUGUGAUGGCUGGGUUCAAUAUGAGUGGAGAUCUCCAGAAGCCUGCUACCAACAUCCCCCUGGGGUCUCUGGCUGCUAUUGGCACCUCGUGGUUUCUGUACAUGGUCUUUGUUUUUUUGCUGGGAGCCAUUUGUACCCGUCAGUCACUCCGCUAUGACUUCAUGAUAGCAGAGAAGGUAUCCUUGGUGGGUUUCUUGUUUUUGCUAGGGCUGUACAUCUCAUCCCUGGCCUCCUGCAUGGGAGGGCUGUACGGAGCACCCAGGAUCCUGCAGUGCAUCGCCCAAGAGAAUGUGAUCCCCAUGCUCGCCUUCCUUGGACGUGGGAAAGGACCCAACAAGACUCCAGUGGCUGCGAUUUGCUUAACAAGUCUCAUCACCAUGGCUUUCGUCUUUAUUGGGGAAGUGAACGUUCUUGCUCCCAUAGUCACCAUCAACUUCAUGUUGACGUAUAUUGCUGUAGACUAUUCCUAUUUCUCUGUGUCCUUGAGCUACAACGUUCAGCAGAAACCUGAUGAGACCCAGAUGGAAAACACUAGACCUGCUCACUUUUCUCAGCCUUUAAUUUUCAACAAGCCUUCCAGCCGUGUAGCAGAUGGACUAAUUCAAAGCAGACCAAACGGCACCUUGCUGGAAUUCAGAAAAGACAUGGACCAGCUUUUUAAACCGUUUUGUAGUGAGCCAGGUACUUGCAAAAAAGAAGGAGCUAAGAAUUUAACCCAAAAGUUCAAACGAAAGAAGGCGAGGAAGCCAGCCAAGCAGACGUUACAAGACAGCUUUCUCCUGGAUCUCCAUCACGAUGCUCCCCCAGCUCAGUACAACGGGGAUGAGGCUGCAGAGCCCCACGGCGAGAGCCAGCAGGGCCUGGCUGCGCAGAGCUGUCAGCAUGACACGGGUCCAUGCUCAUCACCCGCGGCGGAUGCCCCGCGGCCACCCGGGCUGCUGCAGCGGGGGGCACAGCUCUGCAGCGAGACGCCGGCACCCCCCGGCCAGAAGGGAGAAGAAUCAUCUAUAAAGCAACAAAAUCCAGGGCUGGGAAUUCAGCAAAUACCAGAAUCCUUUUACUCCAAAUUCUGCAACCACUGGGUUUCCUUUGCUGGUGCGAUUGUGUCCCUCAUCAUAAUGUUUGUCAUUCAGUGGAUCUAUACGCUUGUCAGCCUGGGUGCAGCGGUUAUUCUGUAUUUCUACAUCGGCCAAGUGAGCCCCGGGCUCCCCCUUGGAGCAGCAGCGAAUUUCAGUUUCUUCAGCUGGAUUAAGUCGGUUUUGAUCACCUUGUGCAGGAGAAGGCCAUCUCCCAAGGAGCAGAUCGUAGUGACACCGUCCUUUGCAACAGUUGGCAUGGAGACCACACAGCUCACCGAGGAGAACGCGGACUUUGCCUCGCGGGACCGCUAUCACCAGUCCUCGCUUAUCAGCAGAGAGGAGUUUGAGAAUCAGUUCCAGUAAAGGACACAAAAAAUCAAGCUGUCACUUCAAAAAGCAUUUAUAAAUGCUAAUGGGUGCCAUGGUACCUUGUGAAUACUUGAAUAUAUACGAAAAGGAUGUGAAUAGUUACAUAUUCGAGGCUUGUUUGUUUAUGCAAACUACAACAUUGCUGGGUUUCAAAUCUUAUGCAAAAUGGGGACAAAAAUGCAAAUGAAAGGGCCAGUCCAGGGAAGUGGUGAGUUACUGAGGAAAAUAUAAUCCUUUUAAAGAAUUCAAUUAUAAGCACUAUUGAGCUCUAAAGACUGUUGCUGCUAUGAAAGCUUGCAACACCCCAUUUCGAAUGUCCUCUGGGUGACUAGGGAUGCUUUGUGCCUGGGAGCGGUGACCUCGGCAGCAGGAGCCAGCGCCCCGCUCCCAGCUGUGUCACGGAUGGAUGUGACCUUCCAGGUCAAUUCACUUCCCUUGGCAUGAAAUUGCCUGCUUGUAAUACAGCAAUUUUCUACCUCAGCAUUUCAAUUACCAAGGUCUUAGAAAAUACUUAAAGGCAUUAGACAAUAGGCCAGAAUCAGUGGCAAGUGCAAGAUGAAGAAAUAUAUUCACAACUGGAGUCGCACAUUUAAAUGCAGUAAUGCAGUAUAAUGACCUCUACUGUAAAGCUGUGAAAUGAUGUCUUAGAAACUGUUGAUAGUGAUUUCCCACAUCCUUUCUGACAUGACACCUGGGACCUGACAACAUAGCUGGGUCCAAAUAGAGCAUCUCCUGACUGAAGGGAUGGAUGUUUCAGAAGUGCCUUAACAAAAUAUGUUGAGCCUCAUCUUUGAUUAUUUUGCUUAAAGCCCAUCUCCUGUUGAGCUCCCACCGGGAGCCAUUUCUCCCACUGUCAUGAUGUGGGAUUUGGGAGGUUCAGCUGGGGAUGCUGCAGGAUUUCCCGCACAGAUCUUAGGGUUGGUGGGCAGUGGCUGUGGGGUGGAGUGAGGUUUUACACGGACACCCCCAUCACUGUUGCUUCUGCUCCCCAGGGGAAAACCCCUCAGCUGAGAGCUGUGGUGCCUGCAGGCAGCAGUCCUGGCAGAGACCCACAGAGGUGGGAGGGAGGGAUCUGGAUUGAGGCAAGCCCCAGCACCACAAAUCAGUUCUGAUGCUACAAGGAGGGGAAAAUCACUGCCUUUCCCUUCCUUUAAUCUCUGAUGAUUUCAGCCUUUAAAUUAUUUCUUCUUCUGUGCAAUAA